AUGCCAGGACCUAAAAUAGCCUGCAUUGGCGUUAUUGGGAAGUCUGAUAACCCUCUGCAUAUGUCACUUUUUCCGCCUUAUUCCGAUUCUGGAAUUGAAUUCUCAUUUCUAUUGAACUCAUCCCUUGAUGUUUUUGAAAUACGUCAGAAGCAAACUUCGAUUGACCAGGAUCUCGGUUUGUUGCAUGCGGUUGAUGAGCGGCUAGCAUCCUAUGGCUGGUUGACAACCACCGGUGUUAAGUUCCUCAUAAUCAUCGAUUUGAUCGGGGAACAGACCUCAUCUGGAAUCGAUGAUACACAUGAAAGCGCACGGUCUAGCUUCCGAGAAUCGGACCUUAAACCAGCCUUUCGAGCCUUGCAGACAGCCUAUAUACAGCUUCUUCAGAACCCAUUUUACUGCCCAGAUGACCAGGUCACCAUGACGAACGGCGCGGUCCAAGCCUCAAAGCCGUCCCAUAUCACAGACGAAAAAUUUAUUACCGAAGUCAGCCGGAUUGGUAGUUUAUGGGCUGCCAGAAUCACUGAUUUAUAA